UGAAACGGUGCGGGACGAAACCCGAGAGGUUCUGUCGCGCCACCUCAUGGAUACAAACUACUACUAUCGCGAAAAUCUGCGGGCUGCUACUGGUCCGAGAAAAUCAACCUGAGCCCAGACAGAUGGGUGCGCCUCAUGGCAUCAAAGAUGUUGAGAUUUUCUAGUGCAUGUGUAGCGACAAAGACGACUACAAAAUAAACAAAAAUGGCAUCUUCAUGAUUUGCGGAUCGUACCUCGUAGUCGUGGACAUGCCUAGAGCCCUAGAGCUAGUCAAGGCACCACGAUGAAGAGUCCAUGUUUAUCUUCGUCGUGGCGCCCUCUAUUGUAGAAGUCAGUAAAUCAUUCAAUAUGUAGGGUUAGUGAAAAUCUAGGAACAUACGUACUGGUACUAUCACGACCACUACCUACUUCUCGCUCUCCACGGUGCCGUUUGCACAGUCUGCUUUCUUUGUAUGUCGAGAAUUCGGCCUUCUUGUAGUUUUUACACGUUGUAGAGGUAGCGCUGAUCAACACACGUUCAGGCGGCAUGAUGAAGCGUUGUCAACUCCACUAGCUGGCUGUUUUCUGAUCGUGAUCAUUUAAUAUCCUCAUGCUUCUUUUCUUUUCCUACCCGUGUGCGUAUUAAUGCUGACCAAGAGCAAUUGAGAAAACUGAAAAACAACAGCCUUUGCAUGUGGUACUAAAUUUUUUCCAAAAGUCGUGGUUGGAGGUAUAAUCUCCGUGUCUGGCGCGUGGAGGGAGUUGUGGCGCCGUAAUAUAUUGAGCGCGGCUAAGUCUUAAUAGUAGUAAGACUAAGAUUCAAGUCAUAGGAGACUUCUUGAAUUGAGAAGAGUCAAGUCAUGGAACUAGUAGGGCCUGAAAUGUAGCGCACAAGAAGAAGAGAAGGAAAGCAUUGGCGACGUUGUUGGUGUCCAUCGCUUUACACAGUUGUGAAUGCGAGUAGGUCUGUACUAUUACUUGGUCUGACGUCCACCACGAUCGGAGAUAUGACUCACUGGCGUCCACCCGAUGAAAAAAAUGUAGAACAUCGAGACACAAAGCUCUUCACCAUCACGAUCACCGCUUGUCAUGAGAGUGUGAGUAUAGAGGCUAGAAGUAGCACGUUUUCUUUGAGGAGCAGGGUUCCAAGUUGGUCAAGUUGCUCUUGUCCUUUAACCUUCUUUUUUUUAUUCGCAGUAUUACUGAUAGCACACGCGGCAUAUCUUCAGCAUCACGGAUCUGAAGUAGGCGGCUAUCUUGCCCUUGUCAGGUUUGGCAUGCUCAAAGCAUUCACCAGAAAACUGCCCUCCAGCUGCACUGUGUAG